CUCCGCUUGGUCACAUUCUUACAAUUUUAGCAAUAAACAAACGAAACGCAAAUGCUAGCUAAACUGGAUAAUUAAAUAAAUAAAAAGGUCACGGAUAAGUUAGGACGCACUCGGGACGUGUGGGCACGUGUCAAGAUGUUGGUCAAGUGCAGCAUGGGGGCGCUGUGGCCCCUGGCGAUGCUGGUCGCCUUUUCCACUGCCUACAAAAAUGUUCGCCUGCAGGAUAAUUGCUCGGACAAACUCUUCUACACGCUGUCCAAGCCGUUCCGGGGCGACCCCACGGUGCGGCUGGAGUUUGACGAUGAUUCCGGAGCUAUCAUAACGCAGGCGUGGAACCUGACACUGCCCCACGGACAUGCGGCCAACAAGAUCAAGUACGACUGCCAGUUCCGAGUGCUGACCAACGAGCGGCCGCCGCGCGGCAUUUACACCAUCAUCACGCGGCUCAAGUUUCGGCGCGAUCCCGUGUCGAAGCAGUGCAUCGACUACAUUCAGUUUAGCAGCGGCAAUCGCUCGCCCAGCGAGCGCAUUUGCACGGACAUUGCCAUCGAUGGGCCGGCCGGGCGGCUGAUCUUCGACCAGCGUGACCGUGAGGUCAACGUUCACAUUUUUAUUGACCGCUCGCGACACAUCCUGGGUGACCCGCUUGAACUGCGUAUGGUUCUGACCGCCCACUCUGAGUGCCAGUUCAACGGCGACUUCUUGUGCGAUCCCAAGGACCCGUACUCGUGCAUCUCGCGUCACUUUGUGCGGGACAACAUCACCAACUGCCUGUAUCCGUGCCGUGACGAGGGCACCUGCUUCCACGACGCCAUCGUGACGGAGGAGAUAGACACAGCCAAUGUGGCCAUAUCGGCCCUGACGUCGCUCAUCUUCACCAUGCUGGGCGUCGGCUUCUGCGUAUGGAUCUGCUGGAAGUACUGGAACUGCAUUACUGUGCAGCAGCGGGCGCAUGAGGCCUCCGCCGCACGAUUUAACCAGCGCCGUGCCAGGUCGGAUGUGCCUACCAUUGAGCUGCCAACGGCUCCGCAGUACGAUGAUGGCGUGCUGCACGAGCACGAUCCCCAGCAGCAGCAACCGGCAACACCCAAGGAUCUGCCGCCUAGCUACGAGUCACUGUUUCCGGACAGAUAAGGAUCCGUGGCUUCGGCUUUGAUUCCGCUUUGUGCCAGAUCAGCAAGUCCUUGGCAUCGCACACUUGUUGUAUUAGUCCUAUUAGGUAAUCGUAUCUCUAUAUCUGAACAGAUCAGCAUUCCGUGUAAAUAUGUUAGGACUGAUUUAUUGUUUUGUGAUUAGCGUUAGCGGCACCUUUGUCAAUGUGUUCACUUGGAACCGAAACCCCAAAGUAUUUUGUAUAUAUUUAAGUCUGACAUUCCCCAACACUCUGUAUUAGCUCAGUAUAUAUGAGCAUUUCUCCAAGAAUACUCCCUUGAGAAU